AUGUCCGCAUUCAGAAAUCAACUAUUCAAAGGCAUGGAAGAGUACGAUACGGACUUAGAUGACGAAGAAACAGAUGAGAAGAAAGAAUGUGAAUUUCCACGCUUGUCAUUCAAUGACAAACUUGCUGCACAUCGAAGCAAUCGUUAUCAGCAAACAUUUGGUCAAACGAGUUUCCCAUAUCGAUCUCGUCGAGAAUCUGACUCGAAUAACGUCACUCUUCUGCCUAUUCCUAGUAAAACUUUGCCGAGUAAAGGACGCGUCCAGACGUAUGAGAAUAGUUGCCAAUUACUGGAUACAACAAUUGACUGGCAGUUGCGGACUCUUCUGUCUUAUGAUGACAUAACGAUUAUGAACCGGUCAUUAUCGUUUAAUGACAUUCGGGCAUUGUCGACAGCAAUAGAGAUUAAUCUUCAAAAUUUAACAUUAAGUUCUGCUGGUUUAACAUCACGUUCGAUCAAUGUUCUUUGUCAAGGGUUGGCAAAAUGUAAUCGACUUACUUUACUGGACUUAUCUUGUAAUAAACUGUCGAAAGAAUCGUUUGAACUCUUGAUAGAUCGGAUAAAUAAUUUGUCGCUAUUGAGUUGUUUAUCAUUAGCGGAAUGCGGCAUACGAGAUUCAUAUGGGCGGUGCAUCGGUGAUCUAUGUCGACAUCCUACAUUGACAGAAAUCAACUUAACUGGAAAUGAAUUUGAAGAAAUGGCGUGCAUUUUUAUCGGCAACGCAUUAACGGAGAAUGAUACAUUGACAUAUUUGAAUAUCGGUUGGAAUCUCAUACGCAGUUUCGCGGCGAUUGCAUUAUUCCGUGGAUUUGAAGCUAAUCGAACGAUUGUCGACUUCGACAUAUCAUGGAGUAAUUUAAGUUACGAUGGUAGUGUCGCACUUCGUCGAGUAUUAGCAGUCAAUAAAGUUCUACGACGCUUGGACAUCAGUAAUUGUAAUAUCAAUUGGACAUGUGCAAAAUUGAUUGGCGAAGGUUUACAGAAAAAUUCUACGUUAGAUUCAUUGAAUUUAUCAUUCAAUCCACUAACAACCCAUGGUGUCCAACAUAUUAUUCAAUGUUUGAACAAUACGCAAAGUGCUCUUUCAACUCUGGAUAUAUCUGGCGUUGCCGUAUUUUCUGAAACGCUUCGACUCGCAGAGAGGAUCGCUUCUCGUCGAAAUUUCACUGUGAAAUAUGAUUAUGAAGUACCAGUACAUGACAUAAUUGGUCGACAAACAGUAACAAAGGCGGAUUCAGUGCGAAAAGUCAUUCAGCAUAUUGACGAACGACGUUGGCGUCCAAUGGAUUAUUUCCGUUUGCUUUACAACAAAAGAAAAGUACAAGCUCAGAAUGAAGCACAGUCGCUCAAUUUUACGAAAAUCGACAAGAAAAAGACGGAAGUGCGUGAAGAACGCACUUCGGACCAAUUGGUCAAGCCUCUAACAUUAAAGAAUUUGAAUGAUGUCAUUCAUCGACAGCGAUUACGUGACAGACUGCACAAAGCUCAGCAAGAACAGCAAGAACGAGAUUUGAAACGACGCAAUCAAAAGAUUUUACAAACUGUCAAUCAACAUUUUCCCGAUAUUGAUCUAGUCAAACGAAAACAAAAACUCAAGAGAAUUGUAGAGCGCCUAUCGAAACCAGAAAUUCCGCAAGAAGAGCAACAAUAA